GGCGAGGUGGUCAAUCUUCGAGAGCGGGUCGUAACUCAAGGCGACUUUUCGGUGUGCAAAUCCACAAGCGUGGUGAUUGAUAAGGAUCGACGGCUUGUCUACUACAUUGCAAAUGUUCGUCACCCGACUGAAUGGAACGUAUGUGUAUCCAGCUAUGACGAAAGUUUCAACGGGAUGCGGCGGCUGACUGAGGGUGGAUCAUCUUUCAAAGGUGAGCGGGCUUGCCAUCAUCUGUGUUUGUUGCCCUCGAAUGGAUUUGCCUGUUGGAUGACUUCUCUCAGCCAACCUCCACAAUGUCGCUUCUACGCGCUGAACUUUUCCGACAAGUCGUUUUUGCCAACGGCUACGCUCGUUGCCCAGGCACAA